ACUUGUUGGCCCUCAUUCUUCCGCCUGCCGGCUUCGUCUUCCAUUGGAACGUUACCAACGGACAAUUCCGCGCUUUUCACCGAUUUAAUAAAUAAUCAAACGGUUAAACAUGGCUAGUUAUCACAAACCCGAGGCUAAAACUAUCCAGGAACUCAAGGAUAUCGCCAAUAAACUCAGAAUCCACUCUGUUCGAUCCACUCAAGCUAGCAAGUCUGGCCACCCAACGUCAUGCUCUUCGAUGGCAGAUAUCAUGUCUGUCCUGUUCUUCAACGUGAUGCGGUACAAAGUAUCAGCCCCACGUGAUGCGAACAACGACAGAUUUGUUCUCAGUAAAGGACAUGCUGCUCCGAUCCUCUAUGCUGCCUGGGCUGAGGCAGGACUUUUGCCAGUUGCUGAGCUCCAGAAUCUCAGGAAAUUUGACAGCGACUUGGAGGGACAUCCGACACCUAGGCUGAAUUUCAUUGAUGUAGGGACGGGAUCCCUGGGCCAGGGGCUGUCAGUUGCCGCUGGAAUGGCAUACGUAGGCAAGAAUUUCGAUAGAGCCAGCUACAGAGUAUACUGCCUAAUUGGUGACGGUGAGUCAGCAGAAGGUUCGAUCUGGGAGGCACUGAGCUUCGCCUCCCACUACAAGCUAGACAAUCUCUGUGCAAUUUUCGACAUCAAUCGUCUUGGCCAGAGUGAACCAACAGCUCUGCAGCACAACCUGGAGGUGUACCGUAAACGUCUUGAGUCCUUCGGGUUCAACGCCCUUGUGGUGGAUGGUCACGAUGUCGAGGAGCUCGUGAAGGCCUUUUACGAGGCCCAAACGACGACUGGUCGUCCCACAGCGAUCCUGGCUAAGACCUUCAAAGGCAAGUUCUUCCCCAACAUCGAAGACCUGGAGAACUGGCAUGGAAAGCCUCUAGGUGACAAAGCCGAGGAGACAAUUAAAUAUUUGACAUCUCUGAUUAAGAACCAUGGACCCCUGGGUCUCCAUCCCCAAAAACCCCUUGUCGAAGACGCUCCAGUUGUCAGCAUCAGCAACAUCAAACUCCAGACACCACCGGCUUACAAAUCCACGGAUCAAGUAGCCACUCGUCUAGCCUAUGGCACUGCCCUCGCCAAAAUCGCCCAAAAUAAUUCCCGAGUGAUUGCUCUGGACGGUGACACCAAGAACUCGACGUUUGCUGAUAAAAUUAAAGCAGUGGAUCCAGCUCGUUUCGUCGAGUGCUUCAUUGCUGAGCAGAAUCUCGUGGGUGUGGCGACAGGGGCUGCCUGCAGGGACAGAACUGUUGCAUUUGUAUCAGCAUUUGCUACUUUCUUUACUAGAGCAUUUGAUCAGAUAAGAAUGGGGGCUAUAUCUCAGGCAAAUGUUAAUUUUGUGGGCUCUCACUGUGGAGUGUCCAUCGGAGAGGAUGGGCCUUCCCAGAUGGGUCUGGAGGACAUCGCCAUGUUCAGAACCAUUCCUGGAUCCACUGUGUUCUACCCUAGUGAUGCUGUCAGCACGGAGAGGGCUGUCGAGCUCGCUGCCAACACCAAGGGCAUCUGCUUCAUCAGAACAUCCAGACCUAAUACUGCUAUUUUGUAUAAAAAUGAUGAGCCCUUCGUUGUGGGAAAGGCUAAGGUCGUUAAGUCCAGUCAGAACGAUCAGGUUUUGCUCAUUGGAGCUGGAGUAACACUUCAUGAAGCCCUGAAGGCAGCUGAAGAGCUUGGAAAGGCUGGUGUCAGUGUCAGGGUGUUGGAUCCUUUCACUGUUAAACCUCUCGAUGCUGCGGCUGUUAUUAGUAAUGCCAAAGAGGCUGGGGGCAGGAUUAUUACGGUGGAGGAUCAUUAUCCUGAGGGGGGACUCGGUGAGGCUGUGGCCUCUGCUGUUGCCAUGGAGAGGGGCAUAAUCGUGAAGAAACUCGCGGUCCCUAAGGUACCCAGGUCUGGUCCGCCCAACGUUCUUCUUGAUGCCUUUGGAAUCAGCGCUAGAAACAUUAUCGCUGCUGUCCAGGAGAUCGUCAAGCAUUAGGUCGUCUCCUGAAGCGCAAUUCCACAUUCCAAUUCAAUUUUCUAUUUUUUGAAAAUGUAGUUCAGAAGAUGAGGGGCUUGACGGCCUCGAGUUUUGGAUGUGGACUCGUGUUUGAUACACAUUUACAUAUUACAGUUUAUGUAUGUUUAUAUACAGACUUUUGUAAACAAAUUUACAGAUUUUUCAGAGCAUUGUUAACUGUUUGAAGUCUUGGGAUUUGAACAACUGUAUAAGAGGAAAAUAUAUUUUUCACGGUUUCUGCGUAAA